GGAGGACCUAGCACUCGACCUCUGCCUGCUGCUGUCUCACUCAGAAACACAUUCAGUGCCGCUCAGCGCUGUGCCAUCUACUUCUGCCCACUGAUUCUUAGGCCGGGAAUUCGUACUCGCUGGUGCUUACCAUCGUCAUUCCAGGCCUUCCAGCUGGGCUCGCCACAGACGUGACUUACACGACUUUGAGGUGCCGGCGACCUCUUAAAUCAGACAUCUCCCACUUGCGCUGGUCAGACUGCUACUGCUAUCAUGGACGAAUCCGAUGCUCUGGAGGCUUUGUCCGACAUACUGAACCGCUUGACGGAAGACCCAUACGACAUAACCCUUCACAUCGAGCAUGUACGGGUCGCACAUCAGACAGGAAUGGAUGAACAGGUGGACUCGGCUCUGGAGAUGGUCACUGCCUGGUGGGCCGCAGGAGAGUACGUCUGGCUACCGCUCAUCGAGCGCAAGCUCCAAGCCGGCAACUUGGAAUCUCCGGAGGACCUACGAGGGAUCCUGGAUCUCUUCAACCGUGCAGAGCGGGAUUAUCUCUCCAUGCCCCUUCUGCGGAAGCAUCUCAACUUCCUUGUCGAGCGUUAUGAACACUUCACUUCCCUGGAGACGAAGCCCGACAGUUUGGGGGAUUUGUUCUCCACGUCCUGGAUACGCUCAGCGAUGUCAGAUGUAGUAUCGAAGGGCAUAGGCCAUUUGACGGAGAGUCAUUUGUUGUGGGACGUGUACAAGGACUGGGAGCUGGAACAAUUGCAGAAUGCGUCUGCGGAAGAGAGAGCGGCAUUAGUGGAUGAAGUCGAACUGAUACUCCUGAAGCGUCUUCAGCAACCUCACUCUAAUCACGAUGAGACGUUCCAAAGCUACUCAAGCUUUACGACCAACUUCAAACCUCCAGACCAAUACGAGUCUCUCCUCGUUAAAGCGUCCAAGAUCCGCUCACAGACGGUGAAAGCAUACGAGAAACGUGAGAUUUUCGAGAGCUCCCUCGCCCAGUCUGGAUACUCUCUCGAAGGCUACGCGUACUAUAUUGCGUCCGAACGGCGCAAAAAGCCAGACUUGUUCGUUUUGCAGACCCUUUAUGAGCGCGCCAUCGCGGAAGCAGACAAGCGCCGGUGGAAUGGCGGCGCAAACGCUGAGACUGCCCUGCGUGUCUUCUGGACCGGUUAUCUGGAUUUCUCGCGUAUACAAGGAGUAGAAGUGGAGGUGCAAGCCACCAUCUUUCAGAGGGCACUCAACAGCGUGCCGGCGUGUGGGGAAGUAUGGGCACGCUAUAUGCGCUUCCUGGAGCGUACCGGAAAUGAUGAUGAUGAGGAGUCCGGGUUAGCAGUGACCUAUGAGAAGACCAAGACAAUACGUCCUUUACAAGCGGAUCCUGAGCAGCUUGUGCCCGUUGUACUUGCCCGUGCGAAAUACGAAUAUAUGCUGUUGGGCGACCGGCGAUCUACUGGGAAAGAUAACUUCGAGACGUUCGAGGAAGUCGUUAUGGACGGCAUCAACAGGAUCAGACAAGCGUCCCCUGCCGGCGAUCCUAGGGUCAGAGUCGAAAAGUUCUACGCCAGCGCUCUGUCCAAGCUCGAGGGGAUGUCUGAACGCAUCACGACACUCUGGGAAGAGGCUACCAGUCACUACAAGACAAGCUACCUCGUCUGGACUCACUACACCGACGCGCUCAUUGAGGCAAAUGAGGACGGAGAGGCACGACGGGUCUUCAAGGAUGUCUGCAUGAAGAACCUGGACUGGCCCGAGGCCAUGUGGGAAGCGUGGAUUGCGUUCGAGCAUGUGCACGGCAGCGUCCAGACGCUCGAGGAGGCCAUGGACAAGGUAGAGUUUGCCCGAGCACAGAUGGCCCUCCGGCGCCAGAAGGAAGCCGAGAGGGCGGAACAUGCUGCAAUGCAGCUCAUCGCGGAGCAGCAGGCGAACAUGGCGUCCGUCGCCGACGCGCCUCUUCCGACUGGUGCGGGUGGUGACUCCGGGGCGGCUCCUAUGGACGUUGACGCCGGUCCCAGCACGGCCGCUGGGACGAAAAGGAAAGCGGAGGAGGAAGCUGCUCCGGGGGAUGCCAGUAAGAAGGCGAAGACGGACCAAAAGCCUGUACAGCUCAAACGCGAUCGCGAGAACUGUACGGUCUUCGUUGCAGAUCUACCAGAGGGCACGAAAGAGGAGGAUCUGAGAACGUUGUUCAAAGAUUGUGGACCCAUCCGGGAGAUCAAGAUCACGCAACUGCCGAAUUCCUUGGUAGCGACUGUCGAGUUCAUGGAGCGGGAUAGCGUCCCAGCUGCAUUGACGAAAGACAAGAAGCGCAUCGAUGGCCACGAGGUCGCAGUACACCUCGCGUGGCAAUCAACUUUAUAUGUUACCAACUUCCCCGAGAAUGCCGACGAUACAUUCAUCAGAAAUCUCUUCACCAUGUAUGGAACGAUUUUCGACGUGCGGUGGCCAAGCAAGAAGUUCAAGAGCACACGGCGGUUCUGCUACGUGCAAUACACGUCUCCUCUGUCUGCACAGACAGCCCUGCAACUCCACGGCCACGAAGUCUUGCCUGACAUGCUAUUGAAUGUCUAUAUCUCGAACCCUGAACGCAGGAAGGAUCGUACGGACGCCGAUGCUAACGAUCGUGAAGUAUACGUGGCCGGUCUGAGCAAAUUUGCUACGAAGGGGGAUCUGGAGAAUCUCUUUAAGACGUACGGUUCAGUGAAAGAGGUCAGGAUGGCGCUCGACAACAAUGGCCGUCCGAAGGGUUUCGCCUUCGUCGAAUUUGAGACUGAGCAAGAUGCUUUGGCGGCUCUGAGCGCCAACAAUCAUGAGUUGAAGAACCGACGUAUGGCGGUCACUCUCGCAGACACUCGCGUCCGUGCACGAGCUAGGGAUCCAGAUGUUCGUGCAGAGAUCCGCAACCGCACUGUCCGCGUUCGCAACCUACCCGCAAACACACAAGACGGGCUCCUGCAGCAAGCACUCGAGAAGCUCGCGCCUGUCAAGCGAGUGGAAGUCUUCGCCGACAAGGCGGAGGCAGAAGUGCAAUUUGAAAACGCAGCAGAUGUCGGGAAACUGCUUCUCCGCACAGAACCCGUGGUGUUCAACGGGAAUACUCUGGAGCUAGUAGCCGAUGUGCCAGGGGGACCCCGCGCGGCCCGCCAUCCGGCUUCUACAGCCCCGCCUCCUACUGCAGGGCCGGCCAUGUUUGUUCCUCGUACAGCCGCAUCCAGGCCUAGGGCUGGUUUAGGCAGCAAGAAGCGUGUCACGACAAUAUCUGCUGGCGCAACAUCGAGUAAGGCGGCGGCUAGCGCGAGCUCGAAGGGUGUGACAUCCGGACAGGCGAAGGGGCAGGAUGACUUCCGGAAGAUGUUGGGCUGAAACGUCGGAGUCGCGUACACAUUGCUGAUAUAUGAAUUGUGAACUUCUAUCUCAUUGGAGUUAUGUAACAAGCCAUCGGGUCGACGAGUGGGCUUUGCAUGUGCACCUCCUCUGGGCCGAUAUUAUUGA